CGUUUGUGACGCACCAUGACCGAGGACACAGCCGAUCAUGAAAACUCCAACGAAUCAACGCCCCAAGUCACUGAGGGAUGUCGGAUGCCAGUUCGUAUGCGCAACAGUAAUGACUGGCCACUUGCCGAGAUCCUCAGCAUCAAGGAGCUACCCGACAAUCAGUGCCUGUACUACGUUCACUUCAUUGAUUACAACAAGCGUCUGGACGAGUGGGUGACAGUCGAGCGCUUGGACCUGAAGAAGUUGCAGUUACCACGAAAGGAGAAUAAGACUCCCUUGAAAGACGUCAAGAAUGGAUCUCGACCAUGCUCACCCGACUUGCUGGCACCAACAUCUGUGGUUGACGUGUGGCCCCAAAAAUCGCCAGCGGAGGCCAAGGUUCCGGUCAAGGAGGCCCUCCCACCGGCCAGUGCCGCAGAAACGUGGGCGGAGAAAUCGCCCGGUGAGCCGGCCGCCCCGCCCGCGGCUGUCAGAGAUACGAAGGAGAACUCUGAGGUUUGGAGCAAAAAAGCCAGGACGUCAGAAGUGAGCAAGGCUGUUAAGGAGAAUGGGGCCCCACCAAAGAAAGCAGCAGGACGGAAGAGGAAAUGCCUUCCCACUGAAAACGAGGCUCUGCCUUCGGCGGUGGCCACGCAGGACUCCCAGGACUCGUCCACGCCCUGUCCGCGCUCCACGGGCAGCAUGGUGGCCCACCACGAUGACAUCGUGACGCGCAUGAAGAACAUCGAGAUGAUCGAGCUGGGACGCAACCGAAUCAGGCCCUGGUACUUCUCGCCAUAUCCUCAGGAACUAGUCAACUCGUGCAUUUACCUCUGUGAGUUCUGUCUGAAGUACACAAAGUCCCGAACCUGCCUCAAGCGACAUCUGGCCAAAUGCACGCUCAAGCAUCCACCGGGGAAUGAAAUAUACCGUAAGGGAAACUACUCCUUCUUCGAAAUAGACGGCCGGAAGAACAAGAUGUAUGCACAGAACCUCUGCCUGCUGGCCAAGUGCUUCCUCGAUCACAAGACUCUGUACUACGACACGGACCCAUUCCUCUUUUACGUCAUGACCGAGGUCGACAGCCGGGGUUACCAUCUCGUCGGCUACUUCUCCAAGGAGAAGGAGUCAACGGAGGACUAUAACGUGGCCUGCAUCCUGACACUGCCGCCCUACCAGAGGAAAGGCUUUGGCAAACUGCUCAUCGAGUUCAGCUACGAGCUGUCAAAGUUUGAGGGCAAGACAGGCUCCCCCGAAAAGCCGCUCUCGGACCUGGGGCUGCUUUCGUACCGCUCCUACUGGUCCGAGACCAUCCUCGAGAUCAUGAUCAACAUGGCUCCCAACGAGGCAGGCGAGAAGCCGCAGAUCACAAUUCAUGAAAUGAGUGAGCUGACAAGUAUCAAGAAGGAAGAUGUGAUAUCGACGCUGCAGUACCUGAACCUCAUCAACUACUACAAGGGCCAGUACAUCAUCACCCUGACGAGAGAAGUGAUCGACGCGUACGAGCGGGCGGCCCUCAAACGGCCUCUGCGAAUCGACCCCAAGUGCCUGCACUGGACGCCCAAGGACUGGUCCAAACGCGGCAAGUGACCGCCGCCGACAUCAGCCGUACGCUCCACUCCUCAGGAGUGACAGUGCAUUUGUCCAUCGUCUUGCACCAGAGCGUUUUCCGCAUGCCGUUGAUGCCAAAGCCCAUCGCCUUUCUGUUGACCCAUUUCGUUUACCACCUGGAGGCAAAAAAGAAUGGCCACGUGUUUGCACCUGCUGUCAGUGCAUCGAUCAUCCCUCCGACUUCUGGCGACACAAGCUCUGUCAUUUGUAUGCAUGUGUACUUGCUUGUAUCUCAUCUCUCCAUUGUUAUUUCCGACGUACCCAGGACACUUCGUGUUGCCACCAAAUACCCUUGGUGCCAUCUUGAAAAGCUCGGCUUGUGUAAGGGGUUCACUUUGGUACUUGCAUGAAGCCGACGGCACCUUUACCAGUGUUUGUGUGACCAAGUUGUGUUGAGUUGAUGUUGGUUCACAAAUUGUACAGUAAACACACAAGCUGACAGUUGGCUUAUGGCUGUUCCAGCAUGUGUACAUUUGCACAAACAAGGAAGGCCUUGGCAAGCUGCACGUGACUGCUCUGUCAUGACUGAUAUAGUUUGUGUUAAUUUGUGGUUGACUGCUGGAUCACCUAACAAUCUUAGGGGUUAUAAUUAGCAGCCAAGCAUGGUCGAUAAUUGGCCAGUGCCUUAACUGUCAUCUCAGCAUUUUUUUUUUCUUUCGUUGAGACCAGCGUCAACUGUCAGUAUACUCUGUUCCAGAAGUUCUGUGCAACACUGUGGAAGCUACAGGCCUUCUCAAGCAAUCAGGAGGGCGAGCACGUCUAAGUGUAUCCUUUCGCGUCCUGUCGUCUGCUAGCAACGUGCAGCUGCAGCGGAAGCGGCAAGAGCGUCUCGGGACACUGUGCAACUGCGCAGUGAGAUGAACUGUAAUUGUGAAAGCGGUUAAAUAUUCUCCUCGGCACCAUAAAAGCGCGCGUCUUCAAGAUACUUGCACGUAGACAUUUGAGGGAUAGGGUUCAGUGGCUCAUGUCUCGGUGGAAAGCCCCGCACUAGCCAAAUUGAAUAUGAAAGCACCACACUUCGUCAGAUUUCGUAUACACAUGCCUAUGGGCAUAUGUGAAGUGCCGCUCGCAUUCGAUACAAAAUGAUGCUCUAUUCCUGGUGCCUCGCCGUGCUUAUCGUGCUUUGCUACGCACUUGUACAGCGCACACUCGCUGACAUUGGUGAAUGCAACCAUUCUCUUAAUGAGAGAGCUCAUGCUUGCAUUCCUGCUGCCCUCCUUACGCAGUGUCCCGAACACAUUUAGAGCCAACUGCUUCGCUCCCUUGUCGUAAAAGCUGAUCUGGGAGCGAUAUUGCACAGGUAAACCUGGUGCCGCCAUUUUGACUGUAGUGACCACAUCUGCCACCACAGACUAAUCACAACCCAAGACUGGGUCCUCUGCAGUGUUGUGGACGCUCGGGCUGUGCGGACUACUCAUGAAAGUUUAGACAGUGUCGUACCAUUCCUUCGUACUUUUAUAAGUAAAAACAUAACACAUACAAGCCACAACGGCGUUAUUUCUUUCGUCGUUUGCAUGUUAUAACACGUACAAGCAAGAACUCUUUCAUCAGUAUCAUGGAGCCACAAAAAUUGUUUUCUACAGAAAAUGUGGCAAUAUUGUGAUACAAAUCACAGCUACAACAUGCAGAGAAGCCUUUAAGUAGAAAUUUUCCAACGAGACCACUUGCAAAAGUCACGAGGACAAACAACGGGCUACGUAUACGGGGCACUAUAUCCCGCUUUGUAACAACCUGCGUUCGAGGGUCGUGUAGCUUUGGCUCUGCUGCACGGCACUUCUGCAACAGAGUAUAGGUACGAGGAUCUCACUGAAUCAGGCAAUUGAUUCACUUCAUCUCUAUAGAAUUGAUUGGCAUUCGGAGGCACAGGAGCUCUUGAGUCGUCCACUCACAAAAUCUGGUGCCAAUGCAUGCUCUUGUUUCUAGUACACCACCGAUGACUUGUCUGUUUUCUCUUGGGGAUGGGGUUAGGGGGGGGGGGUGAGUGUUUGCUCUGGAAAUGGUGCCUUCGGUUUUCAUUGAGAGUUGUUUUGUUUUGCAAGCCGAGCUCCGCCACUUCACUCAGCUAGUCUGAGAGUUGCUGUUCAUCGUCUAGGCCGUAUUGUCUUUCAUCAUCGUUAGAAUGCUAUUUAAUAUCACUCAAAAAUCCUCACCACCAUUAUGCGAAAAGCGGCAAAGAUGAGACUUUGCUGAUCCCCCUUUUGCUCCUUGGUUCUUGUUGAGUGCCGCUUGGUGCGUGGCUAUUUAUAUGCGAUGGUUGUUACUUCAAACCUCUUAUCAAGAACGAUGGGUGACCUAAUGGAUCUGAUUACUCCAGACCCGAGUGAGGUUGAAAUGUAGAAUCAUUUAAGGUCAAUAUGUGUGUGUGUUUUCAGCCUAGAGAAUAAGAUUAACAUUAGUUUCUGACAUUUUGUGUGCAUGUACGUGUUUUAAAGGGUAAAAGCUGAUCGUGUUGUCAGUGGUGUCCCCUUUCCCGUUGAAGCGUGAUACAGUUUUUUUCAUCAAUGCGACUAAUAUGUGCUUGCUAUGCUGCCAUCUUUGUUGGCAAUGUUUAGCGCCCUGUGGUUCCGAGUCAUUAGGUGGUGAUGCAGCUGUGUCUAGAAGUCGAACACCUUUCUGCCACGGUACCUGGUGUAAAAAAAAAAUGAUAAGAAACAGCUCCAAGCUUGUUUUCAGUGUGUGGUAGUCUUGUGGUGUGUGUACAGUGUAUGUGUCAUCUUUUCUUCAGAGUCAAGAUCACUAAGGGAGAAAAAGCCAAAAAAUAUUCAUCACACAUUAUUUUAUUGUAUAAUACCUUCCAUUUAUGUACAUAUGUUACACUCUGCAUUGCCUUCCUGUCUGGGUCGGUACUUAUUGCAAAAUGUUGUAUAUAUGUUGCUUCUUUCCACUUUUUUUUUUUAUUGCGGCGCAGCGCGACCCUUAGGUUAAUAAAUUUCUGUAAAUACAA